AUGCCCGACCGCCGACACGCUACAUCCAGCAGCUCCAAUUCGCGCAACCCGGCCGCAAACAGCACCACCUCCGUCCGGCGCAACCUCUUCCAACACCACCUCACGCGGCGCCCAACCACCAGCUCGACGUCGACUUCAAUCUCACAAUCCAACUCCGCAGAGACACUGCGUCUAGACGUCGAUCCCGAGUCGGAUUCCUCGGAUAUCGUGAUUAGGGAUAAGAAUGGGGAGUUUGAGAUUGAGGAUUUGCCCGUGGAGCAGUUUGAUGAGCAGGAGGAUGGGGGAGGAGGAGGGGAUACAGGGGAAGAUGAGAAGGAACGACAGAGACUAGCUGAUGCAGUCCGACAUCAUCAGAGAGACAGGAAUCGUGCUCCUAGUGAGCCUGCUGAACUUCUCGAAGCAGUACGAGCCAGUCUUCGCGCGAAAGUCAAUGCAUUGGCAGAGGAUAACUGGAUGUACGAGGCUGAGGAUGAUGCGCCUCUUCGGUGA